AGGACGCACGGGAGGGAGGGAAGCAGUGCGCAUAAAUGCGCCCUUUCAUUUCCAGGAGUGAAAUCCGUUUUUAGAUGCGGAGAUUUGCCCUCAGAGAAACACGGGAGCCAGGAGUUCUGUGGAUCAUGGAUUUUAAGAGCAUCAAGGAGACUUCGCAGUGUAAAUGAUCCUAAACUUUGAGCUUGAAAAGUUUUUAUCUACUCAAACCGAAUCCUAGGAGGCAGAGAGAGGACUGGUGGUUAAGGGUGUAACACAAUUCAGCGCUUCAUUGACGCGCCUCUUGUUGAUUAGGACAGGUGCAAUGGUAAUCCAGCGCAGAGCAAGAAUCACUGAGGUGACGCAAAAUUAAGACAGACCACAAACAUUUUGGAUUCUUUUCCCCCUGAACGAGUGUGGAACCGAGCCACAUGCGCACAGCCAGCAUGGCACAUGAUCUUCUCCGGAGUUUUACGCAAAGACUACUUUAAAUGUUUUGCGUCCAGGCACGCAUUGUAAAAAGAGAAAGAAACAAAGAAAACAGAAAAAACUUUCUGCCUUAACCAGAAUUUAUCAAUGGAGCUGCGCAGUUACGUGUGGUGCUUGGAGUUUCUUAUUCUUCUCAAAGAAUUAUGUCAGUGUUUCAACAUUGAUGGAAACCAUCCGCGCAUCUUCACCGGUCCAGAGGACGCACUAUUUGGCUUCUCAGUCUUACAGCAUGAAUCAGGUGGAGAAAAACUGAUGCUAGUUGGUGCUCCCUGGGAUGGCCCACCCAACAACAGAAGAGGGGAUGUGUACAAAUGUGUGGUUGGAGAGGAGAGGAAUUCAAACUGCAGCAAAGUUGGUCUAGGAGAAACUGCUCUUCAAAAUGUUUCCAAAAAUCUUAAAAAUUCUCACCUGGGAAUGACUCUUACACCAGACUCACCCGAUGGCUUCCUGGCAUGCGCGCCUCUUUGGUCCCAGGAGUGCGGUACAUCAAAGUUCAGCACUGGCAUCUGUGCAUCGGUUAGUGAUGACCUCCAGCCGAGGAAGACCAUCUCUCCAACUACAAAAAGGUGCGCCACUUACAUGGACAUCGUGAUCGUCCUGGAUGGCUCCAACAGUAUCUACCCCUGGUAUGAAGUCCAGAACUUUCUCAGCAACAUCCUCAGCAAGUUCCACAUAGGCUCGGACCAGAUGCAGGUGGGUAUACUUCAGUACGGUGAAAUAGCAGUCCACGAGUGGUCCUUGAAGGACUACCAGACAACAGAAAAAGUGGUGGAGGCCGCCAAGAACAUCAGCCGGCAAAAGGGACGAGAGACACGAACAGCAAGUGCCAUCCAAAUGGCUUGCACAGAAGCGUUUAGUGCUGAGCGUGGAGGGCGGGAGGGUGCCACCAAGGUGAUGAUUGUGGUGACAGACGGAGAAUCCCAUGAUGAAGAUGAGCUUCCAGACGCUCUGGAGGAGUGCGAGAGGCGAAACAUCACCAGAUACGCCAUUGCUGUUCUGGGGCAUUAUAUCCGGAGACAGGAGGACCCAGAGACUUUCAUAAAUGAAAUUAAAGACAUUGCCAGUGACCCGGAUGAAAAGUAUUUCUUCAAUGUAACAGAUGAAGCUGCGCUGAAUGACAUUGUGGACGCAUUGGGAGACAGGAUAUUCAGUCUCGAAGGUACUUUGGGCUACAAUGAGAGCUCAUUCCAUCUGGAGAUGUCCCAGAUUGGCUUCUCCACACACACACUGGAUGAUGGUAUUCUAUUUGGGAUGGUGGGAGCGUAUGACUGGGAUGGCGGGGUGCUGAAGGAAGGGGUGAAUGGAAGAAUCGUACCUCCCCGAGAAGCCUUUGAAAGCGAGUUUCCACUGGAGCUGAAAAACCAUGCUGCUUAUUUAGGUUACACGGUCUCCUCUGUGGUCAUUGGAAACUGGAGAACGUUGUAUGUGGCUGGAGCUCCCCGAUUCAAACACAAAGGCAAAGUGAUUCUGUUUGAAUUCACAGACGACAGCGGUGUUAAUAUUGUACAGGCCAUGAAUGGGGAACAGAUUGGAUCCUACUUUGGCAGUGAGGUGUGUGGGCUGGACAUAGAUCAGGAUGGCAUCACUGAUGUGCUUCUUAUUGCUGCUCCCAUGUUCCUCAGUUCGGGGAACAAAGAGGGUGGUAAAGUUUACAUCUACUCACUUAGUGGGGAGGGGGUUUUUGUACCAAAUGGUACCCUGAAGUCAGAGAAAAAGUCCCAGGAUGCAAGGUUUGGUUAUGCACUGGCAGCUGCUCCUGAUCUGAACCAUGAUGAUCUUACUGACUUGGUGGUUGGAGCACCUUUGGAGGAUGAGCACAUCGGUGCCAUUUAUAUUUAUCAUGGAGAUGGGAUUUACAUCAAUAACAAUUACAAGCAGCGAAUACCGGGGUCCUCACUUUACCCCUCCCUGAAGUAUUUUGGCCGCAGUGUGAGUGCUCGGUUGGACUUGGAUGGGGAUGACCUCAUAGAUUUGGCAGUGGGAGCACAAGGCAAUGCUGUGCUACUAAGUUCUCGCAGCAUCGUCCAGGUCAAAGUGAGCCUUUCUUUCCAGCCACAUUCCAUCAACGUCAUUCAGAAAACCUGUCAGAGAGGCAGCAGAGAGUCAGCCUGCCUAAACGCCACUGCCUGCUUCACAGCUGUCUCCCGCUCACCUGGAUCCAGCAGCAACAUUUUUGAUCUGUCAGUGAUGGCGACAUUGGAUGACCGGAAGCUGUCAGCCCGGGCUUUGUUUGAUGACAGCUCCCACCGACAAACCCAGAUUUUAGUCCAAGCCCAGAUAGGAAAGACCCUCUGCUAUAGACUUCCCUUUCAUGUCUUUGACACAGCGGAUUACAUCCGUCCUAUUAGCUUCUCCCUGCGGUUUAAGAUCAACAACACCAAGACUGGCCCUGUGCUGGAUGAAGGAUGGCAAAACACCAUCAAUAAGUCUAUUCCUUUUUUCAAAGAUUGUGGAGAGGAUGAUGUUUGCACAACAGACCUGGUGCUGAACGCACGCAUGGACAUCUCCGGGACUCGACAGAAGCCUUAUGUGAUUCGCAGCACGCGUAGGCGUCUGGCAGUUGAAGUGCAGCUUCAGAACAGACUGGAAAACGCCUACAACACCAGCCUGAAGCUGCACUAUUCACGAAACCUGCACUUCUCCAGCCUAAGCAUUCGGGAGGAUGCCUACUUUAAGAUGGAGUGUACAGCAAUUGGCUCAAACAUUCACUCUUGUAACGUCAGCUACCCAGUGUUUCGCUCUCGGUCAAAGGUUAACUUUAUGCUGGAGUUUGAGUUCAGCUGCAGUUUUCUGCACAGUCGUGUCCAGAUAAAGAUCAACGCUUCCAGUGACAGUGUUGAAAGACAGGAGACUUUGGGGGACAACAGUGUUCAGUUGCAAACCUUUGUUCAGUAUGAGCCAGAGUUGUAUAUUAGUAGUACCUCUAAUCUGAACCGCUACGAAGUCCACCCCACUCGAACAGCAUCGGAAGCAAUUGGGCCACAAUUUUUCACCUACUUUAGGUUGCAGAAUUUUGGCUGUUACUUGCUGAGUAACCUGGAGCUGCGGCUGUAUCUGCCCACUGCAGCUGCAGGAGACAGCACCUUCAUGACUGUCACCGAUGUCUCCUCAAACAACGCCUCAGGGGUGAACUGUACUGUCAUGAGUGAUGUGGCGCAGCUGAAGAGCAGGCAGAGAGAAGUGCGGCCACUUCAUCCUGAAGACAUGAUGCAGGAUGAAAUCCUGAACUGCAGCAGGUCAUGGUGCACGGAGAUUGUGUGUGAGGUGCGGCAGCUCAGGGAGGACGUCAUCAUUCGAGUGAGCCGCAGAGUUCAUGAGGAUUUUUUCAGGAAAGCAAAAUAUAAGUCAAUGAGGAUAAUAGGCGCCUAUGGCCUCACAGCUCAGGAGACUAACCUCAUCACUCUGGGAAAAGGAACAGUCUGGGGGGAGACUGUACUGGAGGUGCUGAAGGGAAGAGCUAUUCCCAUCUCGCUCUGGAUUCUGAUCGGCAGCAUCAUAGGCGGUCUGCUGCUGUUGGCUCUUAUUAUCUUCAUACUGUGGAAGCUCGGAUUCUUUACACGCAAACACAGAGGAGAGGAGGAAAAUCCUGAAGACUGAAUCUGUAUGAACAGCGAUUUGCCUUGUGGACUACAAGGGAAGUAGAUUUUUCUUUGAGCCUCCCACCAGGCACAGACAUUCAGGAAAUGGAUGCAACAGAGUUUCCAAAGACUAAAAAAGAGCAUCGCAAGGGUCUAACAGAAAUGCACUUCCCACUAUUUCCAGAGUAUGGAGGCACUUACAGCCGGGCAAAAAAAGUAUUUGAAUAUUCUGCAAGUUGUCCCACUUAAAAUGAUGAGAGAGAUCAGUAAUGUUCAUCGUAAGUUCAUUUCAACUUUAAGAAACAGAACAAGAAUCCAGGAAACCACACUGUAGGAUUUGACAUUAAACGCACCAUUAUUCAAGUACAUUCUAUAAAAAAAAAAACAAUUCUGGAUUCUUUUUUACUUUCCGUCUCCCACAGUUGAAGCAUAUCUAUGAUAAACAUUACAGGCUUCUCAUUAACUUGCAGAAUCAGUGACUAAUAAAUACUUUUUACCCCAAUGUUUGUAAAUAACCUUAGUUUAAUUUUAAGGAAUUUGAAAAUGUAUUAAGCCACAGUUCUUUUAUUUAACUUGCAGACUUGUUCAUGGUUUUAUAUUUCAAAUGUUCACUCGGUUCUACAGCUUUUUGUUUCAUGAUGGGAAAUAAAAAACAUUUGGAAAGGG